AUGUCUUCAAUGAGCAGAUCUCGGGGGAGCCUCUCCCCGGCCCCGUCAGAAAGAUCCACAUUGCCUAUGGGUGCAUCUGCGGAGCCAGGAAGCCCUGAAUUUAAACCAUUGGAACCAACUAGAGAAGAGUUACUAGCGCACUUUUUCGAAAGAUUCAAGUUCUAUACAUCGUUAUGCCUUGGGACAUCAGCUAUUCUUGCAGUAUUCGCUUUCCUUUUUCUAAUCCCGUUUGUCGUAGAGCCAGCUAUACAAACGAUUUUAGCAGAAUUCGUCCCGGAAGCUGGAAUCUGUGCAGUAUCAGAACAUGUCCAUGCAGAAACACUUACUAAUUGUACAUGGGCAUCGUGCAGAGAAGGUUGCACCACUGCACAUACUAAAUGCCAUAAGAUACGAGUUAAUUUAGCUAGAAAACCUUUUGUAGAAAAUGCACCAGUUCCUACUGAGUGGGAUGAAACAGAUCUAAAAUUUCUUAUCAAUCCAGAAGGUUGUGGAUAUCCACCAAAAGUGAACUGUUCGGUAUUUGCUAGCGAAUAUGCUGGAGCUAAAGCGCCGAAAAUUUUUCCAUGUUACUAUAGUUUGACAAGACCCGAUCUAGUUGUUGCGAGGUAUUCUUGGGAUACAACUGUACGUGGUUUAGUUCUCGCACUCGUAUUACCUACGGCGGUCUUCGUGUUCAGUUUGAGUGUACUCGCAUAUUGGCACUGUCGUUGCUGUGAGAGAGCAUGCAAUAGACGAGUACACGCCGAAUCGUUUGCCAGCAAAGAGGAGCUCGAUAGCGAUUUCAAGUUUGGCGAUGGAAAGUCUUAGUUGCCGUAGUUGCCAACUAGUAAUUAUAUACAAUAGCAAACUCCUCUGCGAAUUAGAUGAUGACCCAAGUGACGAUGUCUUCUGACGCCGAGCAACAGCCGCCCGCCGUCGUGCCUCCCCCCGUACUGAAGGCUAUACGCAGCUGUAAAUUUGCGUAAAUGUCGCAUAAUAACUGCGUAAACGCUACGUUAAAACAGCGUAAAUGCCGCAAAUGCUAUCUUAAGCUUUAAACUUUGACGAUCAUUCAUUACAUUUGCCCUUAUAUUUGUAGUUUAAGAGAAUUUUAGUUGCUUUCAUAGCAGCUAAUGAUUUAAAACGUAAUUUUUUUUAUUUAUUACUAAAAUAAAUAAAGUCCAUUAUUCAGUUUUCAUUUUUGUAUGUAGCUAAAAUAUUUUUUACUCAUAUAAUAUGUAUAAUAAUUCUAAUUCUAUCAUUAUAAUUUAUUAGUAAUCAUGACUUAUAAUAGUACAAUGGGGGGACAAAUAAAAAAGAUCAGUAUUAUUUAUAACAUUUUGGCGGGCAGCGAGGCUUAUUGCUUAAAAUUUUAAGAAAAUGUGGUUCAAAAAUAUAUAAAAAAAAGCGUCUCUUUGUUCUAAAUUAUGAGCUAUGUCGGUUAGAUGAUAAGUUCACAUUAUUUUGCUUCUGGAAAUGUGUGGAAUUUCCGGGUUUUGUACAAAUUUUAGUGUAUAAGAUAAUUAUGAAAUACAAUAAUUUAUUCUAAUGAUAAUGAUAAAUUGUAAUUAUAGGUAUAAUAUUUUUCCAAAAGUAUUUCUCACGUGUUUGAGCUUAUUUGCAUGAAAUAUUGUCUCCGAAUGUGGUAUUUAAUAUAGUUGAUUAUAAAAGUAAAUAGGUACUUCCACGCGUUACUUACACAAGAUUACUUAAAGGGCUUUCCUUUCUAAGAAUUGCAAGUAUACUCAAAUUGCGAUUUUCUGUUAAAUUUAAUAUUAGUUAUGUAUUUAUCAGUUUCCAUAAUAAGAUGUUACUCCAAAAUCUAUUCUUAACUUAAUAUAUAAAAAUCUCGUAUCACGAUGUUCGUUUACUCUGAACUCCAUAUUUAACUGCUCGAUCGAUUUACACGAAUUAUUAUAAAUGUGUAAUAUUUAUUCCAACUAGUGAGAUAGGAUAAUUUUUAUCCUUAUAAGAAAAAUAGGAUCCAAUAUGUGGUGCAAAACAAUGCUUAAUUAAUCAACUUAUAAGCAAAAUGUAAGAACACAUUUGUUUUUAUUUAUAAAUAAAAAGCUUGAAAUAAUAAUUAAACCUUCAAAAAUAAAGCAUAUACCUUUUACCUGAAAGGAUGACACAUCCUUGAAUUCCAGGUACGUUGUCCUUUAAUAUUAGGAACGUUCAUCUUUGCAUACAUCAUCAUCAUCAUCAUCAUCAUAUCAGUUGUUAUUUGUUCACUGUCUCCAAAGUUUGGGGGUUAUCAUAAUAUAAAAAUAAAUUAAUAAAUAAGUAGAAUAGAAUGAAUAGAUUUUGCAAUAUCAUCAACAAAAUGAUGAUAUAUAAUUUUAUUAUUUGACAGGAAAUCGUGACGAUUCAAUUCGAAUAACGACUACUAUUGAGCUUAGAUAAUUACUAAAUUCAGAAUCCUUUUAGCGCUAAGUUUUUAUGUAUUUCGACGACUCCAUUCACUAUAUAUAUUUUUAGUAGUUCACACAAUUGCUUUUAAUAUUAUUUUAUCUAAUAAUAUAAUUAAUUACUUAUGUAAAAUAAAAUUUAAAAAAUUAUUAAAAUUACAAAAUAAUCGUACUGUAUUCAAUUUAAUUAUAUAGGUUUUAAAUUAUAUUUAAUUAAAAAAUUACUUCUAAAAUUUAAGUAAAAACUUAAAUUUUAAAGGUAAAAUAAAAAAAUAUUAUAUUAUAAAAAUAUAAUUUCUCUUUUUGCUGAGCUAGCUUUUUUAUGAAUAACAUUUACUUUAAUUAUGUAUUAUUAAAACUAAGAGCUAAAGGGAUAUGAGAAUUUUGUAAUAUAUUUUUUACAAUUAUUUUAAGCGCCUGUGUCCUUGCUAUGAUUUGAUUGUUUAUUACAGAAUUAUAUAAAUAAUAAUUACACUUCUACUAAAUCAAGUAAUAAAUAGUAAUUAUCGUAAAAUAUGUCAUUAUUAUCCAAAUGUCAAGAAAUUUUAAUUAUUAACAAACAAGAUUUAUAUGUAAUUUAUAUUUAUUUUAUUUCAACUUGAUACUUUAAAAAAAUAUAUUUAUAGUAAUUCUGUUAUAAUUUUUUUAAAAUAUUAUGAUAAAUAAAAUUUUCGAAGCUUAAUACCAAAGGCAUAUAAAAAUAGUUCAGUAAAAUCUGUAAUCUGAAAUUUUAUUACAAAAAUCCAUUUUAAUAAUAAUAAUAAUUUUAAUAAUUAUUUACGUAAAUGAAAAUGAAGAUUCUACUGUUUUUUCAGUGAUUUAAACAAAUUGAGGUAUUCAGAUAACUUUUCCUUGUUUAUAAAAUUUUAUUAUGUUUUUCUAGCAUAUAAUUAUUUGUGAAAAUUAUAUUCAUCCCCAAUUCUAUUCUUACGAGUACAAUAUUUAAUAUCAGUACUGCCUUCAAUAUUUUAUAUUAUUAUUAUAAUAAUCUGCCAUACUUUUGUGAUAUUAGCGCUUAUUGUGUAAUAUACAAAUUAUAUUUAUCAUGUGUAAAAAUAUAAAUUAUAAUGUAUAAAAAAUGUAAUGUUAUUCUGAAAAUUAAAUAUAUAUAAAUAAUUAAUGAAUAAUUUAAAUGUUUUACAUUGCGUUCUCAAAAAAAAAAUACAUUUUCUUAACUUAUUUAUUUUCAUUAUAAAGUUUUCUUUUUUAUUUUCAAUCAUGCACUUACAUGUCAUGCUAGUAAUCAUAAAAAAUAAUAUAAAUACAGUUUGUCAAUAUAUUAUAACAUUAUGGCAUGAUAAUGUAAUUGCUUAAAACAUAUAUAUGAGUACAACGUAGGUUUCCAAAGAGUAUAUACAAUUAAAGCAGUUUAAAUAAAAAAAUCUUUUUUCUACGUUAUAAUAAUUUUUGUAAUAUAUUUAUAUAUAUUAAUUAAAAAUCAGCAGCUAUUUGUAUAAUUUUAUAAUGUAAUUUAAUAUUUAUGCGUAAAAUUCAUAAAUAAAUGUAAAGUUAACGGAUAUCAAAAUGCAGAUAAACUUUAUAAUUUUAUUAAACUACUAUUAUUUAAAUAAUUUAUAAUAUAAUGAACAAAAUAUUUAAUAAAGAUGAGUAGGAGUUGUUUUAAUAUUAAUUUGUUUAUAUAUAUAAUAAUUCAGUUUAAUUCAUCACAAUCAGCCAACUGCAGUCCACUGUUGGACAAGUCAUAGCACGCUACUGAGCACAUCAUCAGUUAGGUUAUUAUAGUCAAAUAAUAUGAAUAAGAACAUUUUAUUAGUUUUGAUUAUCUUUCUUAUAUUUUUUUAAUAUUUACAAACAAAUACUAUCUUUAUAAAUAUUUAAAUAAUAUUUACUAAUUAAUAAAUUAAAUACUUAUUACAAUAAUUGAAAAAAGUAUAUUAUCCUUAUUACAAUAAUAAUAAUUAAUACUUGAAAAGAACGUUUGUAAAUUGUAAUUGUAUAUUUUGUUAAAUAAAUUAAUGUUUGUUGUGAAUUUAAAUGUAAAUAAGUGAUUAAUUAAUCGUUUGGACUUAUAAUUAGAGAUUAUCAUAGAUUAGAAAAAUGUCUCGGUUGUAAGUACGCAACGCAUUAUAAGCGCAAACAACACGAAGUUACAAUGACAAAUAAAGCUUCUUUUUUUCUA